AAACUCGCUAGUUUUGUGGCGGUUAACACUAUUUCAAGUUUUAAAAGAAUGCGACGGUUUAGUUUAGACUAAUCUCUUUCACUGCAAAGCUCAGACUGAAAGAAAGCAGACAAAUCUGAACGUACCAUUUUGAUGAUUACGUACACACACAAGGGGCGGGGACUAUUACGUUCGAACUGCGCGGCGCGAGUGUUGCGUGUGUGCUAGCUAGGUGUAAACAGGAUUAUUAGAACUGCAAUGAAUAAUAUAAGUAUUAAUUUAACAUAUACGCAAUAGCUUUAAGGUAAGUACGGGCGAAUGUAUGCAACCUAACCUGCUGUAUCGUAGGUGACAAUGAGGGUUAACAGCUAGCUACUUGGCUAACGCGAGCUAGCCAGCUAGCUAGUUUGUUAACUAUUGGUUAGAUAACCAUUGCCAAUAUAACAAAGCUAGCUAACGUUAGCUAGCUAGCAACUUAGCUACCGGUAGCUGAUAACAACAAUAGAACCAGCAAACAUGACCAUGUUGAACACAAACAUGAUAACUUGCUUUUUUCUUGACAGGGUGGUAUUCAAAAAUGCCUAUUCGUGCCUACUGUACCAUCUGUUCAGAUUUCUUCGAUCACUCAAGAGAUGUGGCUGCCAUCCACUGUGGGCACACCUUCCACUAUGAAUGGUGAGUUACCAAUGACAGUCAGUCUCUACAUUAAGGAAAUAUUAUGACUAGCCAGUACUUGUGCUCUAGCCAAAUGUAGUUGUCUAGCUAUUGUUAAAUGUCAGUUGUGUGUAACUUUUCACCCCUUCCUCUGCUUACAGUCUUCUUCAGUGGUUUCAGACUGCCCCCAACAAGACAUGUCCACAAUGUAGAAAACAGGUAGAACUAACUUGCAAUACUGGUGACCCCUUCUGAACACUGGUGUUUCAUUCUACACACAUUACAUAUAUCCCAUUCAUCUCAAAAUAACCCUACAAAUACUUGUUCUACAUGUUUAUCUUUAUGUCUCUCCCCUCAGGUUAGCACCAGACACAUUAUCAACAAGUUGUUCUUUGACAUUGGUGGUGAAGGAGAGGGAUCCUCUGCGGAUCCAGAGUGUUUGCAGGUAGGCCUACACCAGGAGGACUACAGUCUUUACUCAUGUUGUGGCAACAUUGAAUAUAACAUUGUCAUGGCAUGUGAAUUGGGGAUAUUGUAUGAUGUCGCUUAUUUAGUGUUUCAUUUUUUCCUUCUGCAGAACGAGCUCGAUAGAAUGAAAGCUGUUUUAAGUACCAAAGGUAAGAGGCCAGUGAACAAAACUGAUGCUUGCUUUGAUAGACCACGUGUCAUUAUGAUGGUGUAAAUAUUUUUUGCAUUUGGACGGUUGAAACAUUGACUUGUAUUUCUAUCCUCAGAGAGAGACUGGAGGGACAGACUGAAGAUGGUAGAGGGCUUGAAGGAGACUGUGGACAGGCAGAAGAAAGACCUGGACAGUGUUAGGAAGGAGAUUGGCGAGAAAGAGAUGCUCUGCUCAGCUCUCAGGGUAGGAUAUUAAGUUGUCAAACAAAGCCAAAUGUAUUUACAUGCUCCUUUCUACCUGACAUGUCUCUAACAUUUUGAGGGUUUUGGGACUUUCAGAAACAGAUGAAAUACCUGGAAAACCAGCAGAGUGAGACUCAGGCUGCUAAGGAGGAGGCCCGACGACUCAGGACCAAAAUGAAAACAUAUGAGAGGUAGCCCACAGACUCACACAAUAAUAAUUUUCACACUAUUGUGCUGACCCAAACCAUACUGUGCUGGCUUGUAUAUGUUACUAAUGUGUGUGUGUGUGUGUCCUUCCCAGUCUGGAUGUGGUGUUACAGGGUCAGAGGGCUGAGGUGGAGUCCAUGAUCAGUGACAUGGGUGUUGGUCAGGCUGCCGUGGAGCAGCUCUCCAUCUACUGCAUCUCUCUCAAGAAGUAAGGAAGGUCAAACUCAAACUUUUGCACUAUACACUGAGUAUACCAAACAUUAGGAACGCCUUCCUAAUAUUGAGUUGCCCUCAGAACAGCCUCCAUUCAUCGGGGAAUGGACUCUACAAGGUGUCGAAAGCGUUCCACGCGGAUGCUGGCCCAUGUUGACGCCAAUGCUUCCCAUAGUUGUGUCAAGUUAACUGGAUGUCCUUUGGGUGGUGGACCAUUCUUGAUACACACGGGAAAUUGUUGAGUGUGAAAAAUCCAGCAGCGUUGCAGUUCUUGACUCAAACCGGUGCGCCUGGCACCUACUACCAUACCCCGUUCAAAGGCACUUAAAUUUUUUGUCUUGCCCAUUCACCCUCUGAAAGGCACAUAUACACAAUCCAUUUCUCAGUUGUCUCAAGGCUUAGAAACCCUUCUUUAACCUGUCUCCUCCCCUUCAUCUACACUGAUUUGAAGUGGAUUUAAGUGAUAUCAAUAAGGGAUCAUAGCUUUCACCUGGUCAGUCUGUCAUGGAAAGACCAGGUGUUCUUAAUGCUUUGUAUACUCAGUGUACAUUGUCAGGGCAAAAGUGUUUUGUAAGGAUAUUUAUUAGGGGUGUAACGAUUCGUUUUAACAACGAUUCGAUUUGUAUCACGAUUCGUGGUUGUCGAUACGAUUCAAGGACGAUAUUGGUUCAUUUAGAACGAUACGAUCCGAAACGAUUCAGUGACUUGAAAUCGAUUCAGUAACCUUUUAGCCAAAAAUUCAAACAGUGUGACUGAAAUAAAUACCUGGAUACUGGACAGUGCAGGUGAAGUUUCCUAGAUUCCUGUUUCUUGUAAGGACCGCAAUGGUGGCUUGAUAAUUUCUCGCUCGUCGGCUUCUCCUCUGUCGUCCGCCAUGCUAUGUUUUGUUGUCUUUGCGCUGCUGUGGCGCGGGGCGAUGACAUCACGGAUAGGCAGACUGAAUCGAGUAAUGUUUAAAGCCUUUAUCAUUAAAAGUGCUAAGAAAAAACAUCCAUAUAAAGUCUGACGUGCUUAAAUCCAAUGGGUUAUUUCCUAGUAUCGAUACAAUCGAUUUAUUACAUUUUAAAACGAUGUUAGAUUGAUAUAUGUUGUCCAAAAGGCCAACUCGCCGAGCACAGAUCGAUGUAGUUGGAUCAUAGGAAUAUAAAUCGAUACAUCGAUGUAGUAGAUGGAUCGUUACACCCCUAAUAUUUAUCAAGUAAUUGCUAUUAUCCUUUGCAGAGAGUAUGACAACCUUAAAGGGAGCCUCAGAUCUUCAAAUGAAAUGUCUGAAAAGCUCAAAAGGGAGGUGUUUGCUUCAAACAACAAGGUAAUGCAUGUAAACAAAAUGCAUUCAUUGAAAUGUUCUGUGAUAAUGAGGGAUGUCUCACCUACUUCCAAUCUGAGACUGACAGUUUCUCUUAUCUUUAUAGUUACAGAAAGCCACAAUGGAAAUGAACAGGACCAAGGAUGACAUGAAAGCUGUCCAAAAUGACUUGACCAACGCAGACAAAGAGAUCACUGUAACGUGCCCCUAAUUCUAGAAAUGAUUAGCACUAAAUUAUAAGCGAUGUUAUAUUUGGAUAAUAAAAAUACAAAUUUAGUUGACAAUCUGAGUUUACUAUCCACUACUUUGUGUUUUUAACACUGUUAGAGUCUGAAGAAAAAAGUUGAGAUUCUUCAAAAGACCCUGAGCACACCAACCCGCACUAACGAAGCCUUGAGCCGACUAGUCUUCGAGAGGUUUGUCACUUCACCAAUCGAUUUUCUACACAACACAUGCUACUUAAUAUAUAGAGAACUUCUUGGUUGAUCUGGUGUUAGUCACUGAUAGGGGUCUUUCCCCCUUGUCUUUCAGCCCUGCCCCAGUGGAGCUGAAACAGCCCCGUCUCCACCAGCCUGCCAACAGUGAGGACAUUGACCUCAACAUGACCUUUGACAUCACCACACCUGAACCGGUGGAUAAGAGGCCGUCACAGGUCCCAUCCAAAAAGAUGCGUCUGGACCCAGCCACGUGAGUCUCCCUCUACAGUGUGUCAUUGACAAGGGACGUAUGCUCCUGACACUUAUUUGUUAAACAUUCCUGAAGUAUUUAUCUUAUGUUCUUUGUUUCUCAGGUUGUCGUCCUCGCCAACCAAACACCGUGACGCCUCGUUUGGAAGCAAGGUAUUUUACCACUUCCAAGGGUUCACUUAAAACAUGCACCACAUGUACUGACUUUGUGUAGACUACAUUGCUCUGGAUAGAAGCAUCUGCGAAAUGACUAAUGUAACAUUUUAAAGCUAGGCAUGUUGUACAUUAGUGUGCAUGGCAUGCCAUAAGCUUCUGUGUUUGUGAAUUCUCCCAGGCCAGAGAGGAGGCGGCACCCAUGGAUACAUUCUUCCGUAACUCCAUUCUGUUCAGGAAGAAGACCUUCGGCAGCAUGCUGGACCCCCAGAGGAGUAAACUGGGAGCUGUAAGUAACCUGACUCUAUUGUAUUUCCCUCGCAACACUACAGUUACUGUAUGAUUAUUCUGGUAUUUUUCUUACUACGGGCCUGUUCCACAUUUUCACACCCUCAAUUACAGUAUUCAAGUACAGUGCAUUCCACCUAAAGACUUCUAAAACAUGACCCACAUCCCUGUCAUGUUACUGUCAAUGACAUGACAAAAUGUAUGACUAUCUCAUAUUCCAGAUCAGAAGUGGUUAUGAUGGACUUGGAGGAAGAACCAAAUUCUUCCAACCUGUAUCCUUUUCUUAAAAUGCAGGUUUCCUGACCGGUGUUUCUCAUUGAAGUGGGUGUUGAAGUACAUAUUGUGACUGUAUUAUAUCCUCUAUGAUGUCUAUUGAUUAAUGUCUGUUAUACAUUGCUGUAACUAAUCUCAUAGGAAACAAUAGGGGAGGAACAGGUGAAUGCCAUUUUCCUGAAUUCGGCCACCCACACCAGUCUCCUUUGUCAGAGAUUCGCCCGCUCAUGAUGAAGGCAAAGAGAAAAAAGGUUUCCCGACCAGCUCCUCCCAAGAUCUCCACCUGCCUUACUCUGGACAGUUUUUUGGAGUGACCUGUGACCUGUCCAUCCCUGACUAAUGCAUGCGUGUCAGAUGCACCUCAGACACUAGGGACCAGCCCUUCUGCAACAAUAGAGAGAGGAGCAACCUGAAUAGGUUUACCGGUCAAGUAAAAGGACUAUGGUGUACUUUAGUUUGCACGUCUUACUUGAGGGCUCGCUCUGAGCUUUGGGCAUGAAUGGGCACAGCAGAUGUUUUGGUGUAGAAUAUUUGUUUUGAUGUAUUGAGACUUCCUUUGGCUCAUCAUUAAACUCUGUGUGUAGUAAUCUUGUGUUGAGGCAUUUGUUUCAUAUAAUUGAGUGUGAGGUUAUCUGCUGACUGAACUUUCCUGCAUUAUGAUUAUUAGCAUCUGUGAAAUGCCAGCCAUUUGACUGUUGUACAUUACAAAUACAUCUUAUCUUUCGCACUUGAACAUUUCUUGUUUUACUAACACUGUCUGAAUAUUGUAAUACAGCAUUGUAUUGAAUAUUUGUUUUCCACUUCCCCAGAACAUCAUUCUCUUGUUUUAAGUGCUAUUUAUUUUUUUAGAUGCAUACUUUUACUUGAUUAUUGCGUAAGAUCGCGUAUGUUUGUGAAAUAAUAAACUAGUUUUUUUUUAAACUAUGUAUUUUUCUUUUCAGUCUACACACUAUGCAUCUCAUUAUACUGUAGCAGAGAAAUCCUCUCCACAGCAUGGUCCAGUAAUGUGCCAUACAGUCCACUCUCCAUGCUACAGAAUGGUUGUUACUUAGCCAGUACAUUGCCGUUUUACUGUACACUUUUAAU